UAAUAAUAAUACGUGCUCCAGGAGUUUUAGAUUUAUUUUGAAAACUGGAAUAAUUUUUUUUUUAAAAAUAAGAAUCUGUUAUUCUUUAACCCUUCAGUCAGAUUAGCAGUAUGUAACAGAAUGCAUUGGAAUAUAUCAUCACCAGACACAUAUAGAAGCAUGUAUCGUGCUUGCUGUUAACCCUAAGAGGAGACAGGCGUAUAUAUGACACGUUCAGUAACGGCUGUGUUUUGAGAGUGCUUGAUGAGAUACAUUAGAAUGAUGAAUGCCCAGAAGGUGCUGAAAGAAGGAUUUCUGGAGAAACGAAGCAACGGACUCCUGCAGCUGUGGAAAAGAAAGCAUUGCGUGCUGACAGAGGAUGGGAUCCGGCUGUAUGACUGGAAGCGAAGCGGGGGCAGCGGCGGAGACUCCGGGUUCAGGUCCGGGGGCUUCAGUUCGUGGUCCUCUUCUACCAAGACCAAGGAGCUCCGUUUCGAGCGCAUGGCCACGGUGGACUGUGUCGAAUACAAACGGGAGCUGGUUUAUUUCACUGUGGUGAUGGCCGGGGGAAAGGAGAUAGACUUCCGAUGCCAGCAGGAGGGCACUGCCUGGAACGCAGAGAUAGCUCUUGGUUUGGUCCGGUUUAAAAACCUCCUGGCGGUGCAAUCGGGCAGAACCAGCCACCUGGCACACCUGGGUAGCACCGGGGAAGAAGAUGCGCUGGAAUCCUAAGGAAACACUGGACUGCAGUGAUAGUCGAGCUAAGAUUGGAAACGGUCCACAACUCUCUUUUUUUGGAAGAAGUGAAACAAGCAGAAGAUGUCAAUUUCCUACGACUGCAGGAUUAAAACUAUUGAAGAAUCGUUAAAACAAAUACAAUGUAUUAAAACCAAAUGUAUCAACGUCUUACUGAUGCCCAGAUCAAUACCCCUGGACGACCUGGAGCCACCUCUCCAAUACCUCCAGUAAACCAGUCUCAGGGUGCAGCGCUACUCUGCUCUCUUUAACAUCAGUCAAAAUGAUGCGUCUCACCAUUAAUUUGUACAAAGUUAUGUGAACGCAUAGUGACUUUUUACCUGUGUUGCUGAGUUCUGCAUGAAUCGUUGCAGUGCCAAAAUCUCAUUUGAAAAAUCCCUGCAGUUAUUUUGUAAUGUUUAAAUCUCGUUUUAAAUUGAACUCCAUUUAGAUUCUCUUGUUAGAUUUGUUCAGGUUCUUGCAUGCUUUUUUCCUGUGCAUUUAACAGGGGGCACAUUGAGUUAAUGAACCUGCAUCUUACCAUUAAAUUAGCUCUCUAGGAACACAACUUUGCGCUCUGUGAACUGUUCACACCACAGUACCACCAGGCAGUUGCGCUGCUUUGUUUUGCUCUGACCUGCUCCCUAACCCUUAAUAGAAAGGGUUCCUCCUGGUGUGAGCAAGCUUACCGUUGCUUGUGCUAUCCUGUAUCUGUAGAUAAACAGCAUUCUCUCCAAAAGCACUUCAGACUUCCUAUACAAUUUCACUUACAGGUGAUUUAUUUUUAUUAUUUUGACGGCCUAAAGCAGACACAUCUGUCUUGGGACUGUCGCAGUGCAGUAACGCAAAAAUGUUGCGGUUUUGCAAGCCUUUUUUUUUUUCUGACCACCGUUGAAUCCGCUGCACUUCGUUAGCCCAGCCACCAGGUGGCAAAAGAAAGCAGAAAAUGCAUUAAACAAAACAGCAGGGAGCGUGGACUUCGAGACGAAGCUGAUCGGAGAUCCAGUUACUUUAGCCGCUAAGAUGCUUCAACCAAAGAUUGCACACGUGCACAGAGCACAUGCAAGUACAGGAGAGUGUAGCAGCACCUGCUGGAGGUGCAACGCACUUCUAUGACUCAAGCAGACUGGUCGGAUGGUACUGUGAAUGCAACAGGCUUACCCUUGCAUAGCUGAUUUGCAAUGCAAAUGGAAUGUGUAUUGACGUGCAUUCUGUAAUCUCAUUCAAGAGGAGCAAGACAAGCAGAUCUUCCAGACUUUGUACCCAAGUUUGCGAAAGAUUCAUGAUGUCUCAAAAAGACUUUUGGGACAUUCUGGAGAACAGACUUUGCACCAGAUCCCCCCCCCCCCCCCCCCCAGCUUCCCAGAAGUGGUAAUCGUUGACUAGCCCCUAAACAUGUAAACACCUUGCAGACUUGCUGAACCAGUGCCACCUUGGCUGUCCAUGGUCACCCUAUUGACAGUGUUAUGGCAGGUGUUUCUAAUUUUGUGUCCAGUCCUGCACACGCCACCUAUCCUCUCAUUACCUCAGUGAAGUAUUUCCAGAGAAGUAAGUUAGGUUUUCAAAUGAUGGGAGGAUACAAAGAUUGCUGUAGAUCAGCUUCACCCACACUAUUACUGACCUAGAAAAUAAAACAAUGUCUUCUUGUCUGGGACAAGCAUGCCUUUUCUAUAUUUAAACACUUGACAUGCUUGAUGACUGUAAUGCUGAUUCCAAAGCUAGUCCCAUGACCGUUUGACUAAUCUACUGACCAUUGUUAACGACUGUUCUUCCCGAAAAGCUGGACAGAUUCCAUAGGGCUACGACAAUACCACCAACUGUGUAACCCUGCAGAACCACAUAGACAACCAUAGCAUUACCAGCAAUGGCAAUACAAAACUGCACAAUGCUGUUAUACAGUAGCACACGGUUCAUACCAUUAUGAUACCAGUGGUAUAUCAAACUAAAAGAACAUGUUGCCAAUGUGGUAUCUACCAGUGACUCAGCUACAGCAUUUGCACUGUCAUUCUCCCACAGCACAGAAUCAUUCAUUGGUGUUAAUGUCACUGCAAAACUAAAGAUUAUUAGAGACUGCAGCUCUUCUGCACCAGUCACUGCAAUCACAGGUCACUAGAGUUAGCUUUCUAAAGAUAUUUACAUCAAAGUGCAAUUUGCAAAAUGAAAGUGUUCAUGUUAUAAAGCUAGCUGAAAGCGAAGUUGUUAUUCCUUGUUGUUAUUGUAGUUUUGCACUUUGUUGAUAAAAUCUACCAGAACAGAGGGUCAUCUGAAUAAUAUUGUGGGUUUUCUUUAUAGGCAAAAGUGUAAUAUUUUAUUUGAAUGUGGUUAUGUAAUUUUGAAUAUCAAUUGUGUUGUAGCACAGGACCAUUUUGCUGAAAAACAAAAGUGAUUUUGCACAGGAAAUGCAGCUAAUAUUGAUUAAAUGAGACUUUUAAGAAACACUGUUAAUAAGUUCAAGGCUUGUGAAUAGGGGAUCCAGUAUUCUUGCCAAUGUAGUGCAUCGUGCUUUUGGUUCUGUAUUCUAAUAUGUAUCCCAGGUUCAUUGUGUUAUAGCUCAGUGACCUUCAAACACUUUGUUUUGAAUUGUUACAAUGUCUUAAUUUGAAAGAUCUUUGUUGGUGUAAUGUAGUAAAGCCUGUUCUAUUCAAUUUCACAAUGAAGGUAUUCCAUUCUCCUCUCCUCUCAGUGUCUUGAAACUCUAACACUAAUCUUGAGUUACCUUAAAGUAUCACUAGAUAGUUAAGGAUUUGUGAUGAACAGCUGGCAAUAAUUAAGGCGGUAUUUAUUUCACAGUUGUCACAGAUUUCACGAUUUCCAUGAAAAAUUCCCAUUUCCCAAAGAAUUGUGUAAAUACAUAUCUUUUUUUUUAUCACUUAGAGCAAACCUUUGCCUUACUGACGCACUGCCUGUUAGUCAGCAUUUAGGAACGUGGCAGCCGGUUUAGUUUGCUUCCGGUAAACGACUGGACACACCGCAUAGAGCUGCUUCUUUAAAAUAUCUUUAAGGAAAAAGACACCAGCUGCAUUGAAGAUCACCCAAAAAGCAAAGCAAGCAUUGAAAGCCUAGUUACUU